CGCGUUCUUCCAGCGUUGUCUUUUUAGUACCACGUGCGCAGGCAAGUGAUGGCGGCGCUGGUUGUGUUCGGGGCAGCGGAGCAGGGCGGCCGAAACGGCCCUGGCAGAGUUCGGGCCCCUCGGGGCCGCGUGGUCAAUCAGAUCCCCGCUGAGAUCCUGAAGAACCCCCAGCUGCAGGCAGCAAUCCAGGUCCUGCCUUCCAACUACAACUUUGAGAUCCCCAAGACCAUCUGGAGGAUCCAACAAGCCCAGGCCAAGAAGGUGGCCUUGCAAAUGCCGGAAGGCCUCCUCCUCUUUGCCUGUACCAUUGUGGAUAUCUUGGAAAGGUUCACGGAGGCUGAAGUGAUGGUGAUGGGUGACGUGACCUAUGGGGCUUGCUGUGUGGAUGACUUCACGGCGAGGGCCCUGGGAGCUGACUUCUUGGUGCACUACGGCCACAGUUGCCUGGUUCCCAUGGACACCUCGGCCCAAGACUUCCGGGUGCUGUACGUCUUUGUGGACAUCCGGAUAGACACUACCCACCUCCUGGACUCUCUCCGCCUCACCUUUCCCCCAGCCACUGCCCUUGCCCUGGUCAGCACCAUUCAGUUUGUGUCGACCUUGCAGGCAGCCGCCCAGGAGCUGAAAGCUGAGUACCGUGUGAGUGUCCCACAGUGCAAGCCCCUGUCCCCUGGAGAGAUUCUGGGCUGCACAUCCCCCCGACUGCCCGAAGAGGUGGAGGCCGUUGUGUAUCUUGGAGAUGGCCGCUUCCAUCUGGAGUCUGUCAUGAUUGCCAACCCCAAUGUCCCCGCUUACCGGUAUGACCCGUACAGCAAAGUCCUGUCCAGAGAGCACUAUGACCACCAGCGCAUGCAGGCUGCUCGCCAGGAAGCCAUAGCCACCGCCCGGUCCGCUAAGUCCUGGGGCCUUAUUCUGGGCACUCUGGGCCGCCAGGGCAGUCCUAAGAUCCUGGAGCACCUGGAAUCUCGACUCCGAGCCUUGGGCCUUUCCUUUGUGAGGCUGCUGCUCUCUGAGAUCUUCCCCAGCAAGCUUGGCCUACUUCCCGAGGUGGAUGUGUGGGUGCAGGUGGCAUGUCCACGUCUCUCCAUUGACUGGGGCACAGCCUUCCCCAAGCCGCUGCUGACACCCUAUGAGGCGGCCGUGGCUCUGAGGGACAUUUCCUGGCAGCAGCCCUACCCGAUGGACUUCUACGCUGGCAGCUCCUUGGGGCCCUGGACGGUGAACCACGGCCUGGACCGGCGUCCCCAGACCCCGGGCCGGCCCGCGCGGGGGAAGGUGCAGGAGGGGUCCACGCAUCCCCCUUCAGCCGUGGCUUGCGAGGACUGCAGCUGCAGAGACAAGAAGGUGGCGCCGCUUGCUCCUUGACAAGCUCCGGGGCCUCAGGUAUCCGCCCUUGCUCUGGCUGCGCCCCGCCCUUUGCCGUUGUCAUGGGAACGCCUUGGCGCUCCCAGGCCCGCCUUCGGGGUGUUGCGGACUAUUGGCUCCGCCCUUUGCAUUCUACUUCCGGUCGGGGAAAGACCGCUUCCGGUGCUUCCGUCGCUUCCGUCGCUCCUUGCCGGUCAUAAUGGCCGCGCAGCGACCCUUGCGGGUCCUGUGCCUGGCGGGCUUCCGGCAGAGCGAGCGGGGCUUCCGCGAGAAGACCGGGGCGCUGAGGAAGGCGCUGCGGGCCCGCGCCGAGCUCGUGUGCCUCAGCGGCCCGCACCCGGUCCCCGACGCCCCGGGCCCCGAGGGCGCCAGAUCAGACUUCGGUGAGACAAGCCCUGCUCCGGAAAUACACUCAGUUUUCUCCCUCGUUUCGUCCCCUCGACACCCCUCAGCAUCCCCCACCCUGCGUCCACCCUCAUUCCUCCCACCCAGUCCACACCCUUCGUUUCUCGCGGCCCAUACUCUCUUGCUCAAACUGCAGCCUGUCCUCCCAGGCUGCCGCCUUCGUCGUCUUCCUGCGCUGUCUCCUGUUCAGGCCAAUCCAUUCCCCGCCUCUCAUUUCCCCCAGACUUUCGCCUCGAUUCCCUCUUUUCCUGUCAUCUGGAACCCUCCCGCCCUUUCUCAUUUCUUUCCUUCCUGGAGCCUCCCAUGCCCUAAUCCCAUCCUCUUUCCCCAUACCGCUGUAGGGUCCUGCCCUCCAGAGGAGCAGCCUCGAGGCUGGUGGUUUUCAGAGCAGGAGGCGGACGUUUUCUCCGCAUUGGAAGAGCCCGCCGUAUGCAGGGGCCUGGCGGAAUCCCUGGGGAUGGUGGCGCAGGCACUCAGCAGGCUGGGGCCUUUUGACGGCCUUCUUGGUUUCAGCCAGGGGGCUGCGCUAGCAGCCUUUAUAUGUGCCCUGGGCCAGGCAGGCGAUCCCCGCUUCCCCUUGCCACGGUUUAUCAUCUUGGUAUCUGGUUUCUGUCCCCGGGGCCUUGGGUUCAAGGAAUCCAUCCUGCAAAGGCCCUUGUCAUUGCCUUCACUCCAUGUUUUCGGGGACACUGACAAAGUCAUCCCCUCUCAGGAGAGUAUGCAAUUGGCCAGCCGAUUCCCCGGAGCCAUCACCCUCACCCACUCUGGUGGCCACUUCAUUCCAGCAGCUGCAGCCCAGCGUCAGGCCUACCUCAAGUUCUUGGACCAGUUUGCAGAGUGAAAGAUCAAGAAAUGUCUCUGCUCCUACAUCCAGCCCCUCUUGGGGUAGCCUCCAUCAUCUGUGCCCUCCCAGGGCCCUCCACUGCUGUGAGUGCGCCUCACCAGGACCAGUUAAGAGACAACUAUCAAUUCUUGAGACCCAAAUUAUAUGGACCCUGCCUUGUAUUGAAGAAAAGGGGAGCACAAGGCCUUAAUGGACAUUGACUUGUGAAACUCAAACAUGAAAAUGAUUGGAGAGCCCUGGAUUAGGAGGGUGACAUGGGGAAGACAGAGGCUGGCACCACGGUGACUGCCACAUAAUAAAGUGGUGAUUUGGA